GUGUGUGAGUGUGUGUGUGGUGUGUGUGUGUGUGCUAUGCCUGCAGUUUGCCAGACAUCAGCAGCAGGUUGAGAACAAACACGCAGAGAAGGGAAGAGAGAGAAGGAGAGAAAGAGAAGGACAACACACAAUACGACUAACUUUAUGUAAACCUCCUUCUACCUACAACUCAGUGGAGUGAUGUUGCCAGGUGCCAGGUCAUUGCUGUGGUGUGCUUUGUGUCAUGGGGUGGCCGUGUGGGCUUUUGCACGCAUGCCUGAUGCAGUGGAGCUGCGUUCUGCAUUUUCUGUCGCUCGUACUACUAGUAUGGAGGGUGGGCCAAAGAUGCUUGUCACCUUUGACAAGAUCUAUGUGAAUAUCGGUGGUGACUUUGAACCAAAAACAGGCUUAUUUCGCUGCCGGAUCCCUGGAGCGUACUACUUCUCCUUCACUGUGGGGAAGUUCCCACACCGGGACCUGUCAGUGAUGCUGAUGAAGAACCGGAAUGAGGUACAGGCAAUCAUCUAUGAUGACAACGGUGGUGAGGAACGCAAAGUCCAGAGUCAGAGCGCCAUGCUGCAACUCGACUUCGGUGACACUGUCUGGCUACGUCUCCAUGGUGACCCACGUUAUGCAAUAUAUAGCAACACAGGGCACUACACUACUUUCAGUGGAUACCUGAUUUACCCAGAUAUAUAUACAUUUCAAGAAAACAAAGAACAGACAAGUGAGGACCAAGCAACAAUAUUCACCCACGAUACACCUCAGCAAGUGGACAUAGAGGGAACUGUAACUGAAGAAAAGAAAGAGGAAGAGAUCAACGAAGGGAGGAGGGAUAUUGAAGAGGAAGAGGACCAGAGGUCUGCUUUCUCAGUUGGUCGCACCCAGAGCAUUCUGGGCAUAGAUAAAGGCUAUCCUGAGCACAAGCCAAUAACAUUCGAUUCUGAAUUUGUUAACAUUGGCAAUGACUUUAACGUGAGUUCCGGUGUAUUCAUAUGUCGUGUGCCCGGGGCCUACUACUUUUCAUUCAAUGCUGGUAAGCUGCCACACAAGACCCUUUCUGUGAAGCUGAUGAAGAAUCACUUGGAGGUCCAGGCAAUGAUAUAUGAUGACAGCGACACUGAGAAGGCCUUACAGAGUCAAAGCCUGAUGCUGCAACUGCAAAAAGGAGAUACAGUGUGGCUCUACAGUCACCAAAGGGAAGGAUUUGGUGCAUACAGUAAUCAUGCAAAAUACAUCACCUUCACUGGAUUUCUGGUGUACCCAGAACUCCCCAGCAACCACCUUCAGCAGCAAAAGCAGGGUAGGGCGGUUUAAGCAGAACCCAGGCACAGGUCUCUGUCUCUGUCUCUGUCUGUGAUCAGAGGUCGAAAAGACAACGGGUUUGUCUGCAUGUGGACUGCAUCCAAAUAAAUUCUUUCAAUCUGUCGGCUCUUGUGAACUCAUGCAGGGAAACCUGAAGUUGUGAUCUUUUGGUCCUGUUCUGUUCUGUUUGGACUCUGAAUGUUUGCAGCUUCUCCUGCUUUAUCAUUUUCUUGUGGAGAAACUAUGUUAUGAGCACAAAAGCUUAAUGAAAAAUAUUACGAAAAAGUAUUACAGAUAUUGUGGGCAAAAAGUUGUUACAUGUAGUGUCACCAAUCCCCAAAGAGAUCUAUGCACUGAAAAUGGCUUGAUUUUUCAGUCUUGUCCUCUACAGGUUCAUGAGCGAAAAAGUUUCAAACUAGUGGCACUUCAUUCAGUGUACAUAGCUAAUAGCACAAUAUCAAAACAAAUAACACAUUUCAAAAGUGUAGAGCCCUGGGGCUGUGCUCACAACAAGCUAAAAAGAGCUCACAGUAGGUGUAAAGCUGGUUAAAAGUGACCAAUUUAAGAGAUUUUUUUUCCUAUUUUAGUCUAAAAGUAAUUCACAAAUGUGAACCCCUGUUCUAUAACACAACCCCAAUUCCAAAAAAGUUGGGAUUCUGUGUAAAAUGUAAAUAAAAACAGAAUGCACUGAUUUGCAAAUCUCAUAAAUCCAUAUGUUAUUCAC